CCAGUUGAGGCGUUGUGUCAGGCACCCCGGACACCGGCAGGUCCCUAGGGACCGGGCGGCGACGCCAUGGUGGUGCGACAGGCGCUGGGCCGGGGCCUGCAGCUGGGCCGAGCGUUGCUCCUGCGCUUCACGGCCAAGCCCGGCGCGGCCUACGGCUGGGGCCGGCCGGAGCGGCCGGGCCCCGCGGCGGGCUGGGGCCGCGGAGAGCGCCCGGGCCCGGCCGCGGGACCCGGCACGGAGCCGGGCAAGCUCGGGCUCGGGCUUCCCAGCCGCUACCGCUUCUUCCGCCAGUCGGUGGCCGGGCUGGCGGAGCGGCUCCAGCGGCAGUUCGUGGUGCGGGCCCGGGGCGGUGCGGGCCCUUGCGGCCGCGCUGUCUUUCUGGCCUUCGGGCUGGGACUGGGCCUUAUCGAGGAGAAGCAAGCGGAGGGCCGGCGGGCCGCCUCAGCCUGUGAGGAGAUCCAGGCAAUUUUCACCCAGAAAAACAAGCUGCUCCCGGACCCGCUGGACACCAGACGCUGGCAGGGUUUCCGGCUGGAGGAGUACCUGAUCGGGCAGUCCAUUGGCAAGGGCUGCAGCGCCGCCGUCUAUGAGGCCACCAUGCCUGUGCUGCCCCGGGGCCUGGAGGAGGCAGAGCGCCUGGGCCAGCUUCUUCCAGGGAAGGGCCCAGAGAUCCUUCCACGUGGAGAGGAGGAGGCGCCGGCCCCUCCUCCAAGGGCCCCGGCCUUCCCCUUGGCCAUCAAGAUGAUGUGGAACAUCUCGGCAGGCUCAUCCAGCGAAGCCAUCUUUAGCACAAUGAGCCAGGAGCUGGUCCCAGCCAGUCCAGUGGCCUUGGCCGGGGAGUAUGGAGCGAUCAGUCACAGAAGACCCAAGGGAGGUCACAGGCAGCUGGCCCCGCACCCCAACAUCAUUCGGGUCUUCCGAGCCUUCACCUCGACGGUGCCGCUGCUGCCAGGGGCCCUGGUCGACUACCCGGACGUGCUGCCCCCGCGUCUUCACCCCGAAGGCCUGGGCCACGGGCGGACUCUCUUCCUCGUCAUGAAGAACUACCCCUGUACCCUGCGCCAGUACCUCCGCGGGAACACCCCGAGCCCCCGCCUGGCCGCGGUGAUGAUUCUGCAGCUCCUGGAAGGGGUGCAUCACCUGGUCCAGCAGGGCGUCGCACACAGGGACCUGAAGUCUGACAACAUCCUUGUGGAACUGGAUGCCGACGGCUGCCCCUGGCUGGUGAUCACAGACUUUGGCUGCUGCCUGGCUGAUGAGCGAGUCGGCCUGCAGUUGCCUUUCACCAGCUGGUACGUGGACCGCGGCGGAAACGGCUGCCUGAUGGCUCCCGAGGUGUCCACGGCCUGCCCCGGCCCCAGGGCAGUGAUCGACUACAGCAAGGCCGACACCUGGGCAGUGGGCGCGCUCGCCUACGAAAUCUUCGGGCUCCCCAAUCCCUUUUACGGCCAGGGCAGGGCCCACCUUGAAAGCCGAAGUUACCAGGAGGCUCAGCUGCCAGCACUGCCCGAGCGGGUGCCGUGGGAUGUGAGGUGCCUGGUGAGGUCGCUGCUGCAGCGGGAGGCCUACAAGAGGCCAUCCGCCCGAGUGGCUGCUAACGUGCUUCAUUUAAGCCUUUGGGGUGAACACACGCUCGCCCCGAAGAACCUGAAACUAGACAAGAUGAUCAGCUGGCUCCUCCAGCAGUCGGCUGCCACUCUGCUGGCCAACAGGCUGACGGAGAAGAACUGUGUGGAAACAAAAAUGAAGAUGCUAUUUCUGGCCAACCUGGAGUAUGAAGCGCUGAGCCAGGCGGCCCUCCUCCUCGACUCCUGGAGGGCCGCCCCGAGACAGCUGCUGUAGCUGGUGAAUUACUAAAAGAAGUUUCCAGUAUCUGUGUUGUGAUGGUCUGUGAAUGCUGAGCGAGUGCCCCCUGGGUGAGGGGACGGGGGAGUCAGAAGCAAAGAUGGCACGGGGAGGGCGAGUCAGCGAAGAGAAGGCCUCGGGUCUGGCAGACGGAAGGAGCAGCUCGAGGUCGCGCUUUAGCCGCUAACGCGUUCUGGCUGUGUGAUUGUGUCUAGCUGUGUGAUUUUGUCUAGCUGUGUGUGAUUUUGUCUAGCUGUGUGAUUGUGUCUAGCUGUGUGAUUGUGUCUAGCUGUGUGAUUGUGUCUAGCUGUGUGAUUUUGUCUAGCUGUGUGAUUGUGUCUGGCUGUGUGAUUCUGACACAUUGUCCAAGUUCUCUUACCUGUGAAAUGAAGACGCUGCUCUUGAUAGAGGUCAGCAAACUUUUUCUGUCAAGGGCCAGUGCUCAGGCUGUCCCAGCUACUCAGCUCUGCCAUCGUGGUGCUAAGGCAGCCUUCAAUGUGUGAACAAGUUCAGCUUCACUUAGGGACCCUGAGAUUUGGAAUUUCGUGUGUCACUAAACAUUCUUAAUUUUUUCAACCACUUAAAAGGUAAAAACCAUUUUUAGCUUGCAGGCCUACAAAAAUCAGGCAGCAAGCCAGACCGGCCCACAGACCAAGUCUGCCAGCCCCUCGUCUAGAUGACCACAAAGGGCCUAACCCUCAAGAGGAAUGCUACCCAAUCACCAGGCUCCUUUGUGCCUCAGUGCUGACCAUGUGACCAGCCCUGGGCACACAGAUCCCAAGGAUGAGCUCUGUCCCAGGCGAGAGGCUGCCCGGGCGUAAACCGCUGACCAGAGUCCUGCCUUCCUAGACCUCUGAAAAGUCAGUGGCCGAGCGGGUCUGUUAGGUGAGGCUGAGCUGAGGAAGGUCAGACCUGUGCUGCGGCCAGAGUUCACGCAGGUCAGGACAGUGGGGUGUCAGAGUGAACAGCGCGUGAGCGAGCCCCGAGGCAGGGGGCCGCUGCAGUCAGUCACGUGUCCCGGAGCAGCCCUGGGUGCUGGUGACAAGCAUCGCCGCGGAGCUCGCGCAGCCGCUGACUUGAGUCCAGCAGAGCGCCGGUGACUCAUGAAAUGGAGUGCAGUGUUCUGAACUUGCUGAUUGUCCCUUCUGACUAGCAUUUCCUACAGGAGUUGUGACGAAUUAAAUGUAUACUGACAACUAAAAAAUAUGUAAGUGCCUCAAACUGAAUACUUGGCUUACACUAUAAAGACAAUCAUAGUGGAGAUGGAUCAUACAACUUUAUGUGUGCUUUUUAGAAACACAACUAGUGCAUAAAGCACGGUGAAUACGAUGUAAGGCUCUUUUCAGCCAAGCAGUUCUAUAAUUCUAUUAAAGUCAAGUGCUGUUACCCUA